AUGCAGUGGCUGUACGCACUUCUCGUGAUCACUCUUGCCUAUGUCCUUCGAACAUCCAUUUUCAAUUCCUCUAGAGGCUGUCGAUGUCUCCCAGAUGACCAAUGCUGGCCACUACUGGAACAGUGGGAAGCAUUGAACAGAACUAUUGAAGGGAAUCUCCAGGUGCUACGCCCUGUUGGCCAUUCUUGCGUAGGAUCACAUGCUUCAGCUGGGGAAUGUGAGAAGAUCCAAGUCAACUUUCAUAAUACAACAUGGCGGGUUUGGAAUCCCGCAACAGUUCAGGUGGUGGAUUGGGAGCAUUUGAGGUCGAAGCAGCAAAGCUGUGCAGUGCCAAUUGAAGGGAUCAAUCCUGAUGGAACUUGUCACCAGGGCCGCGUGGCUCGCUAUUCGGCGAUGGUGAGUUCAGUGGAUGAGGUUCAGUCCGUCGUGCGAUUCGCCGCCAACCACAAUCUGCGGGUGUCGAUCCGCAACACUGGCCAUGAUUUGGCCGGUCGUUCCACUGCGCCCGAUGGUAUCCAAAUUCAUACUGCAGGAUUGAAGGGUAUCGAGCACGUUGCAAAUUUCUAUCCUACAGUUCCCGAUGGCUCCCACACUGAGCCGCAGGGGCCUGCCGUCAUCGUGGGCGCAGGGGUUCUCACGGGAGAGCUCUACGACGCAGGAGCCGCGAAAGGCUACACGGUUGUCGGGGGCAGUUGUAGUACUGUGGGUGUCGCUGGCGGCUGGAUGCAAGGUGGAGGAUAUGGGAUUCUGAGUCCCUUGUACGGGCUUGGCGUUGAUAACGUACUUGAAUUCAACCUUGUCACCGCAACUGGAGAGCUGGUUGUAGCUAACCAAUAUCAUCACCAAGAUCUAUUCUGGGCUGUUCGUGGUGGAGGUGGCGGUUCAUUUGGUGUUAUUACCAGUGUUGCUUUCCGAACUCAUCCAGAUCCUCCAAUCAGUCACGCCCGUCUAGUUCUGCAGAGCGAGUCAGCAAAUACGGACUUCUGGAACGCAGUCCAGGAAGUUCUAUUUACGGUGCCGUCGUGGGCCGACCGAGGCAUUGCAAGCCUAAGCUUCGCGCUUCCGGUUGGGCCUGGACUUGGGUCCAUGCUGUCGAUUGAACUCUACGGUAUGAACCAGACAUCUGAAACUCUUGUUGGCGAUCUACCUCAGCGCCUGGAGAACACUGGGCUGGCAGUACAUCAUGAAGUGGAUCACUUUCCCCGGCUCUCCAACUACCUCGCAACUCCGCGCGGACUGGAAAUGGCUGGAGUGAGCAUUCUUCUCACCUCACGCUUGGUAUCUACGGACUUUCUGGGAUCUAUCCAGGGUCCCCGUCAAAUCAUCGACACCCUGUCUCGGCUGGACUAUGGGCCUGGCGAUAUGGUCAGUCUUGAAGGCUUCAUGAGCCCAAAGGCACAUAAAACGGACACGCCACUGCAUCCGUCAUGGAAAUCAGCCGUCCUGUCGCUCACCGUUGCCAAGGGCCUCGCUCGUGAUCCCGACUGGCAGCGCUACCAGGCCGUCGAGAAUGAACUCCAGCAUACUAUCGGACCUGCACUCGAAGCAUUGGAAGACGGGACUAUGGGUAGCUAUGGCGGUAUCCCUUUUGCUUAUGAACCUGACAAUGCGCGGCUUUUCUGGGGUCCCAACUACCCCCGUUUGCGUACCAUAAAACGCAAAUGGGAUACUUCUGAUCUGUUCUUGACCCGAUUGGGCGUGGGCAGCGAGGACUGGGACGCGGAUGGCAAUUGUCCCAUCAGACCAGGGAAAUAG